UGCCCGUGGCUGGCAGUGACUGUGUCAAUCUACAUACCACCAUGCAGUGCCAUCCUGUUCUUCCUUGUCUUGGCCAACUUCACCAUGGCAACCUUUAUGGAUGCAGGCGUUCUCCCAAUGGGUGAAUAACUACUAUACAAUACACUAGUCUAUUCACUACUAUAAUUUACAGUUGGUGGGCAUGUAAUUGUUCAACUGUAUUGAAUUAUUGUCUACUAGUUAUAACAUACUAGCUAGUGCAUUGGAUUUAUUCUUGAAUAGAUUGAUAAACUAUGCCAGAUUUAUGUUAGUAAUGAUAACAUUCUGUCUGAGAAGGAAUUUGAAGAGAUACAUUGACAUACCCCACGCCCAGUGUUGUGCCAUUGGCCCAUAGUUCAUGUUGAGCUGUGUGUUUGUGUUUCAGCUAAUGAGGACGAGGACAAGGACGAUGACCUCCGCGCUCCUCUCUACAAGAACGUGGACGUGAAGGGUGUCCAGGUCAGGAUGAAGUGGUGUGCCUCCUGUCACUUCUACAGACCUCCACGAUGCUCCCACUGCAGUGUCUGUGACCACUGUGUAGAGGUGAGAGGGAGGGAGGAGGGGGAGAGGGAGGGAGGGAUAGAAAGCGAUAAAGGGAGAGAGGGAGGAAAGGAGGAGUGAGACAGAACAACCAAGGGCUGGUGGAGAGGGGGAGGGAUGGUAGAGAGGGGGAGGAAGGGGAGGGAGGGUGUGUUGUAGUGGUUGAGGGGGAAGGGAGGGGAGGGAUGGUGUGUUGUAGUGGUUGGGGGGGGGGUUGUAGUGGUUGAGGAGGAUGGUGGGUCUGAGUAGGGUCAAUAGUGUGUGUGUGGCUGUAGGGUAAUGUUGGGUAGGGGAGAGAGAAUGAUGAAGGGAUAGAGGGGGAGAGAGAGAGAUCACAUUAAUCAGGUUAAUCCCUUUCCCCCAAUCCUUUAUUGUCCCUGGAGCAGAGAGAGACAUUUUAAAAGGUUUGGGACAAUAUGUGUGUGCAAACUGAGGUAUAUUAAGCCAGCUCAGUGCAUAUUAACAUUUGUAUGAUAGUUGACUUCUGAUUAUAACGUUUUUUCAUUGUCCAGGCAUUAUCAAUACCAUGUGUAUGUGGCUAGCUAGACCACUCCAGAAUACUGUUUGUAGUAUGUAUGCACAAUGUUGGACAGAGUCAUGUAAAGUAGGCUGCUACAAUAUGUUGUCAUAAUUCUCAGAGUGAUUGAAUGUUUUAUCUAAUGUUGUAUCCCAUUGUGUCAUAACCGCAUGCAGGACUUUGACCACCACUGUCCCUGGGUGAACAACUGUAUCGGGAGGCGGAACUACCGCUACUUCUUCCUGUUUCUGCUGUCACUCAUGAUGCACAUGGUGGGCGUGUUCUCCGGUGGCCUGCUCUACAUCCUACACCAUCAGGAGGACCUGUGGAAGCUGCACUGUACUGUCACGUAUCCUUCCUUACACACACUCUGUGUACUGUGUGUGUGUGUGUUCAUACAGUAUGUGCAGUAUGAUCAUGGUUAUUCAUUUCUAAAGCUUCCUAAAGAGAGCUGUUGAGUCUCCUUGACUGCAGCGUCCAGCCUGGUGGUGAUGAGUGUAUCAGGCCUGUUCUUCAUUCCUGUCCUGGGCCUCACAGGGUUCCACCUCUAUCUGGUGUCUAGGGGCAGAACCACCAAUGAACAGGUCAGACAAACCCAGGGCUGUACUUCACUCCAUGUAACUCAUGUUUUUAAAUGACUGGAUAAAAGGUUUCUGCACUACAUAAUGGGGUGAUGCUAGGUUGAGUCCUCACUUUAAUGAUGAAAUUGUUGCUUACUUUUUCACAGGUUACUGGGAAGUUUCAAGGAGGGGUCAACCCUUUCACUCGAGGUUGCUGUGGCAACUUGAAGUAUCUCAUAUGCAGUCCCAUCUCUCCAAAGUAAGAAACAUUUGACGUUUUAUGUAAACAUCAUGUACAGUACAAUAUUGUCAAGGUCGAGGUAAGGAGUAGACCAAGGCGCAGCGUGAUGAACAAACAUGAUUUUAAUUAGUUAAAGCACGAAACAAAACAAGAAACGACUCGUGACGUCCACGGUAUCAAUGACCGAACACGGAGCAAAAACCCACAACCACAAAGGGAAAACAUACAGUUUAAAUAUGGCUCCCAAUCAGAGACAACCAGCCAACAGCUGACACUCGUUGCCUCUGAUUGGGAGUCACUCAGGCAAACAUAGAAUACAACAACCUAGAAUGAACACCAACAUAGAAAUACACACAUAGAAAUGAACACACCCUGGCUCAACAUAAUGAGUCCCAGAGCCAGGGUGUGACAGUACCCCCCCCUAAAGGCGCGGACUGCGACCGCGCCUCAACUAAACAAACCAAGGGAGGGCUGGGCGGGCAUACCUCCUCGGCGGCGGUUCUGGCUCCGGCCUUGACCACCACCCUCCAAUACACCCCCCAUAGUACCCCUGGUCCAGUCUGGCCCCGCCGGCUGGAGCAGGACUGGACUUAACAGGAGCGAUCCUUACCAGGCUGUCGACUCGCACCCCUGGCUUGGUGCGUGGAGGAGGAACGGGCCUUACCAGGCUGACGACGCGCACCCCUGGCUUGAUGCGUGGAGGAGGAACGGGCCUUACCAGGCUGACGACUCGCACCCCUGGCUUGGUGCGUAGAGAAGGAACGGGCCUUACCAGGCUGACUACUUGCACCCCUGGCUUGGUGCGUGGAAGAGGGACGGGCCUUACCAGGCUGACUUCUCGCACCCCUGGCUUAGUGCGAGUGGCAGGAACAGGCCGGACCGGGCUGGCGACGCGCACCGUAGGUUUGGUGCGAGUGGCAGGAACAGGCCGGGUCGGGCUGGCGACGCGCACCGUAGACUUGGUGCGGGUGGCAGGAACAGGCCGGGUCGGGCUGGCGACGCGCACCGUAGACUUGGUGCGGGUGGCAGGAACAGGCCGGACCGGGCUGGCGACGCGCACCGUAGGUUUAGUGCGUGGAGCAGGGACAGGCCGGGCUGGGCUGUCGACGCACACCGUAGGCUUGGUGCGUGGAGCAAGGACAGGCCGGGUCGGGCUGGUGACGCGCACCGUAGACUUGGUGCGGGUGGCAGGAACAGGCCGGACCGGGCUGGCGACGCGCACCGUAGGUUUAGUGCGUGGAGCAGGGACAGGCCGGGCUGGGCUGUCGACGCACACCGUAGGCUUGGUGCGUGGAGCAGGGACAGGCCGGGCUGGGCUGUCGACGCACACCGUAGGCUUGGUGCGUGGAGCAGGGACAGGCCGGACUGGGCUGGCGACGCACACCGUAGGCUUGGUGCGUGGAGCAGGGACAGGCCGGACUGGGCUGGCGACGCACACCGUAGGCUUGGUGCGUGGAGCAGGAACAGGCCGGGCUGGGCUGUCGACGCACACCGUAGGCUUGGUGCGUGGAGCAGGGACAGGCCGGACUGGGCUGGCGACGCACACCGUAGGCUUGGUGCGUGGAGCAGGGACAGGCCGAACCGGGCUGUGGAGACGGAUAGGAGGCCUGGAGUGAAGAGCGGCCACCACCCGUCCUGGCUGAAUGCCUACCCUCACACACUCUGUGUGAGGCAUCCGCACAGGACGUACAGGGCGGUGAACCCCUGGCCUGGUGGCCUUCUGGAUCCGCCCCCUUUUCUCCUCCGUCAGCCCCGUCGUCCAUGCCGUGUGCCCCCCCCUAAAAAUUUUCUGGGGUUGCCUCACGACCGUCCGACGACGACCCUGAUCACGCCGUUGCUCCUCUCUCCGUCGCCUCUCCACUGUCUCACUCCAUGGCCGGCGAUCCAUCCCGGCCAGGAUUUCCCCCCAAGUCCAGGACCCUUUACCGUCCAAUAUCUCCUCCCAUGUCCAGGCUGCCUGCUCCUGGACACGCUGCUCCUCUUUCGCCAGGGCCUUUCCCGGCGCUUCCUCCCAUGUCCACCCCAAGGGCUGCCCCUGGACACGCUGCUUGGUCGUUGCAUGGUGGGUUUUUCUGUCAAGGUCGAGGUAAGGAGUAGACCAAGGCGCAGCGUGAUGAACAAACAUGACUUUAAUUAGUUAAAGCACGAAACAAAACAAGAAACGACUCGUGACGUCCACGGUAUCAAUGACCGAACACGGAGCAAAAACCCACAACCACAAAGGGAAAACAUACAGUUUAAAUAUGGCUCCCAAUCAGAGACAACCAGCCAACAGCUGACACUCGUUGCCUCUGAUUGGGAGUCACUCAGGCAAACAUAGAAUACAACAACCUAGAAUGAACACCAACAUAGAAAUACACACAUAGAAAUGAACACACCCUGGCUCAACAUAAUGAGUCCCAGAGCCAGGGUGUGACAAAUAUAAUGUAAACUGCUCUUAAAUUGGAGCUCAUUAACUCAUCUGUUUGCUUGGACCAUACCAGGUAUACAGCGAGGCCCAUUAAGAAAUCAACAGUUCGCAUCAUGCCUCCUUUCCUGAGACCAGAGACUGACAGACAGAUACCAAUUAUUAAGGUCAGGGAUAACAGCGUCCAGCAUCAUGAUCUCCAAAAUAAAGUAAGUCUGUCUACCCCAAAUACCCUCAGAAGGGAAGAUCCCCUAUUCAGAGACACAUACAACAUCAUUAUUAAACUUCAUCAGCAGAUCAGAUAUAAUGAACUGUAUUUCCUUCUCUUCUGCACUCAGCGCCCGUCCACUGAUGGUAUGGAUGAGCCAGAUAUUAAACGUCUGAACACCCCACCACCGCUGCACCCCAAACCAGACCCCAAAGUGCUGAAGAGCCACCUAGCAGCCCUAGAGGGUAGGGUCACAUUACUAAUCUGACAACCAAGUAUACAGUAUCUGUAUUUAUGCACCUCGUAUUAUAGAUGACAUGAGGAAACUAUCAUGAAGAAACUUACAUUUUUACAUUUUAGUCAUUUAGCAGACGCUCUUAUCCAGAGCGACUUACAGGAGCAAUUAGGGUUAAGUGCCUUGCUCAAGGGCACAUCGACAGAUUUUUCACCUAGUCGGCUCGGGGAUUAGAACCAGCGACCUUUCGGUUACUGGCACAACGCUCUCACCCACUAAGCUACCUGCCGCCCCGUGUGGCCAGUCUGUUAGAGAGCUCUCAAACCACACUUGAAACAGUCCAGAAACCCCACAAACGGUCAUCCACUGCUCUCAUCACUGCAUCCUGGUGGCGACAUUAUUCCAUGAACCAUGAAAGGCUUGUGUUAGAUGUUAAUUCCACAUACAUUACUGUCUCUCUCUGGACUAGUUCAGUCACACUAAACAUUAUGGUCAUUUAUUUCACAUUUCUAUUAAUAUGAAUCCUCCUUCCGCUGUGUUUCAGUUCCAGAGAGUGGUCUUCAUCCCAAACCACUGAUUCCUCCCCCUGGGCAGAUCCUGCAGCAACUCAGACCAGCACUGCAGUCCCCCUCCAAGGCAACACCCCCCUCACCUAUCCAACAGGUCAGUCAUAUCAUUCACAAUAAUGACAUCAUUCAGAUGUGCAUUUCUUGCGCUGUGUUUGGAGCUGUUUCCACAGAUCAUGGUUGUGUUUUGUGGUUUGAGAGCUCUCUAACAGACUGGCCACAUGAUUCUGUGUUCUGUUGAGCCCUGGCAGACUGUUGUGGCUGUGUUGUGUUUUGAGAGCUCUCUGACAGUCUGUUAUAUGUUGUGGUUGUGGUUGUGUCUAGGUGGCUGUGGCACCAGAGCAGCAGGGGGGCAGCAGUAGAGGUCAUGACUUGUCAUCAGAACCCAUCCUGGCCAGAGUGGACCAGCAGCUAGCCUUCCAGUCGGGUCCCAUGUCCAGUCUGCACCAGCUCAACUUUCUCACCCUCAACUCCCGCUCCCUCACCCUCAAACACGCCUAUCGCCACGGCAACAAGCUGCCGGCCUUGCACUCAGAGGGUCUGAUCUCCCACCAGGCGUCUCCGGGCAUGUUCCCCCCUCACAACCCCCUGUCCAGCCGCAGCAGCCUCUCCUACGACAACCUGGUGAACCCAGGUGACCCCAACUACCUGCCCCAGCGAGGGGGACCCCCACUUCACUACCACCCCCACUCUGAUGGCAGUGUGCUGCAGCGGCCCACUCCACACGUCUACAGCCCCGUGUUCCUGGGGGUCAGCAGACAAUCUCCCCAGCCCAGGGACAACUUACCCAGGGACCCCUCUCUACGGGACCUCACCCCUCAGGCCCUCAUCUCCCGGGACCUCUCCCCACAGACCUUGAUCCAUCGGGAGGCCUCUCCGGUCCACUAUGAUAACCUCUCCAAGUCCAUCAUGGCCUCCAUCCAGGAGCGGCGGGAGAUGGAGGCGAAGGACAGGAUGCUGCGGAUGCAGGCCAGGUCCCAGGCCCUGUAUGGCUGCCCAGACAUGGGGGUCUACGAAAUCCCCAGCAGACGCAGCCUCCCUGCAGACAGCAUGCGCCCCCCAGGGUCCCGCGCCCCCACCCCGCCCGCAUACGGCUCCAGGGAGUUCAUGAUGAGCACUGGUAUUUUGGGGUACGGGGGUACGAGGUCGCCCCUCUCCAGCGCCUCAUCGUCCUCUCUGACCCGAGCCCCCAGGACUUCCAGCUCCCCCCUGCAGAGCAGCAGUAGCCUACAGAGUAAGGGUCGUUCCCCCUCCCCAUCUUAUCUCCCUCCAGACAGGCAGGCCCUGCCCCCACCCUCCUCCUCCACCCUGCCCCAAACCCCCUCCUCUUCCUCUGCCCCAUACGUCCCCCCAAAACGCCCCUCACUCAUCUACGCCAUGGAGGGCAAGAACUCAGCACCCCUGGCUGUCUCCAAAUAG